AUGGAUUUACAAAGCAUUUUACAACCCAUGACGGGUCCCAUUUUCUCUGCCGCUCCUCCUUCCUCGAUUCCUACCUCCAUGGCUCCUUCCUCUGCUGUCGCCUGUAUAAAUUCUUCCAAUUCUUCAGCCAAUACCACUUCAGCUCCUGUGCGGCCUGCUUUCAAGUCUGCUUCUUCACGUCCCGCCUCUACCACAACCCUGCAUUCCUCCUCUCAUCCUCCACCACACAUAUCUUUCUUGAUUUCUUCCCCUGAACCUAGCCAUCCUCUUACUCCCCUCAGUGCCACUUACCAUACAUCCUCCAACUCGGGUCCAAACCCUUUUCCUAGCUCUCAUCAUGCUCCUGGUGUCCUUGAUUCUUCCUCGGCCUCAGCUGCUGCUCGGCACCCCGUUUCUAAGAUCUCUAACCUGGUUCACCAUUCUCCACCUGGAUCCGCUUUUCCUUUUGACCAACCUCCACAGACUCGUGCUUCUUCCGCUUCAAGUUCUAAAGGAGAACAAAAAAGCUCAAUUUCCCCCAUUUUGAACCCAACCAAUCGCUCUCCGAUGAAAACAUCCAAUUCGUAUUCCGCAUACUCAAAUCCAUCUUUGCCUGCCUCUCCUCCGUCAGUCACUUCUUCCAUAGAUCAGCAUCCCAGGGAAUUUACAAAAAAACGUUCCCUUUCCGACGAAGAUGUUGCUUGGCAACUUAUUCGACUGGGCAAUACUUCUUCCUCUGAUCACCGAAAUUCUGAUUCUACUUCCAAAACCUCGUCUACACAUACUAAGUCUGAAAACCCCAAUUCCGGGAAAUUGCCUAUCAUGUCCAAAACUCAUCCUUUGGUAGAUCCUCAUCAGAGUGACUCAUCAAUCUGCGAAUCUUUACACUCUUUUUCUAAGCGACGCCGUUCAAAUAAUAGUUUGAGGCAUUCGUCUAGUCAGACAAUUUCAAGUUUUCAACAACUUACUUCAAACAACAGUGAAGAUAAUAAAGAACUUUCAACGAAUCAAGGAUCGGAAAACCUCUCAAAUUCCCACAUCAACACAGGCUCGUUUCCAACUUACUUUGAUUCUUCUUCAUUCUCAAAAAGUCGCUGUUCCCGCUGUCGGCGUUCAAAGAAGGGGUGUGAUCGUCAAAGACCCUGUGGAAGAUGCCGUGAUGCUGGUCUUAAUCUAGAUGAAUGUGUAAGUGAUGAUGAACCGUCAAACGUAGGCGGACGAAAAUCAAAAGGUCGUGGCCGCGGUAGACCAAAAACAAGAAACUGA